ACUCUCAGAACACACAGAGACAUACUCUAACGAAGAAAAACACUUUCUCCGAGAAACAAGAGAGAGAGAUUUCAGCCGAACGAUUUUGAAGCUCUAACCGGUUUAAAACAGAGCGAGUUAAAUAAAGUUCGGUCGGUUCUGUUUUUUUUUCCUGAAAUUAAUCUCGGUUAAUUCCGGUUUACGCGUGAAUUUUCCUCUUAUGAACCAUCUAAACCAACUGUUCGGAGUUAGCUCUGGCGCUGGGCCGUACCGAGACGCGGUGACCGGACUCGAAUCGCUCAAUUUCAGCGACGAAAUUCAGCAACUCGUGACGAUGCCGCCGGAGAACACCGGUUCCUUCACGGCUUUGCUUGAGAUGCCGGCGACUCAGGCCAUGGAGCUUUUCACUUCGUCUUCUCCGGCCACCGUUCCCAGAAUCGCCGGAGAUAUCUCUCCUCCCACUCUCCACCUCUACGGUUCACUGAAUUUUCCGCCGGCGAUCGCUGCAGAGCAAAACGGGAACUUCUCCGGCGACGGCGAGUCCGUACCUUCGAGCUUCAGCGAGAGAGUCAAGUCAGAGCCUGAUGAUUCUUAUCCAACGGUGGAGAAUCAGAAUCAUAACAAGAGGAAAACACGUGGGAAAAAGGUCAAAAGCUCGACGAAGAAGAACAAAAGCUCUGAAGAAGAAUCAGAGAAGCUUCCGUAUGUUCACGUUAGAGCUCGUCGUGGUCAAGCUACUAAUAACCAUAGCUUAGCUGAGCGAGCGAGAAGGGAGAAGAUAAACGCAAGAAUGAAGCUGCUACAAGAACUGGUCCCAGGCUGUGACAAGAUUCAGGGCACUGCAUUGGUGCUGGAUGAAAUCAUUAACCAUGUGCAGACUUUACAGAAUCAAGUAGAGAUGCUAUCUAUGAGACUUGCUGCAGUAAACCCCAGAAUCGACUUCAACCUCGACAGCAUAUUGGCUUCACAAAACGGUUCUCUAAUGGAUGGUAGCUUCAACGGAGAGGCUUAUCAUCAGAUGCAACAGUGGCCUCUUGAUGGUUACCACCAGCCGGAAUGGGGAAGAGAAGAGGAUCAUCAUCAAGCCCAUUUCUUGAUGGGUUCAGGUACUUUGCACCCAAAUCAGGUUAAAAUGGAGCUAUAA